UUACUGGAUAAGCCAGACACAAUGCUUUCAGCUGCGGUGAAGGUCCCAGUGGACAUGGACAUCAGUGUUGCUACACCACUACAACGUGUGAGCCAGAAGAGUCCACAAACCGAAAUGAUGGAGGAGAUCAAAGAAGACAGUCAGGAGUAUGCAAUCUUUGGUAGCCCAACACCCACUGCUCCAGACAGUGCUCUUCGCGGAAGAUUGACUGGCCGACCCAGCACCAGUUUCAUGACAGGUGUUGAAGGCGAAGACGAGGAGUCCAUCUCGCGCGCUUUGGUGACUCCGAAUACUGCGCGAGUGGGGGAGAGUGACACCGCCAUGCCCAUACCAUCGCCCCUGUCUUUUUCGGGAUUACGUAAGGCUGAGAAAGCCAUCUGUGAAAAGAAGACAGUGGGUGCAGUCAAACGGCUCUGUGAUACGACAAACACCUACCUAGAGGACAAGUCACCAGUUUGUUCGCAAAGUCAAGGCAGCAAUUCUCGGAGCGGCGCGAUCCUGGUACCACUUCUGGGAAAAAUGGUUGAUCUUAAGCGGAAGACGCAACCGUCAAAGAAUAAAGCCAAAAUUGAUCCGCUGCCACCCACUGAACCCUUAAUUACUAAUCUGGUCUCCCCAACGGCAGUGGACUCGAAGGUAACGACGACAAUAACGACAACACAUCCAGUCUCCCCUACAGAUGUAAACGAGUCCCUGCCUAAGGUACCGCCUUCGCGUAAGAAGCGUCAGUCAGCCAGAGGUGGUAUGGGACGUCGAUUCUUUGCAUCUUCGUUCGCGGAGCGGUGUAGGCGCGAUGAAAUCCGUUUCCUACAGGCCUGUAAAGCCACGAAACCGAACACGAUCACGAAUGAAUCCCGAUCUGCGGCUGAUGCACGCAAAACGGCUCGGCGACCUGGAAAGCAGGCGGCAUUGGACGAGGUCACCUUGUCCCAACUUUCUUACUUGGAGGACAAGGAUUCUCCUUCUCGACCACCUAAGUCGCGUCCCCAGGCAGGCGGCAGCUCUGGUAGCUGCACGCUCAAAUCGCGUCCGGCAAUACGAAAGGCUGCUGCAAUUGCUCGUAGUCGCAUGGCAAUGGACAGUGAUGACGAUGCAGACCAGUCGUUUUCAAUUGCUGACAGUGAAGACGACCAAAUAACCAGUCGACCACACCCUAGAACGUGUUCCGCUGCAGGUAAAUCGAAAGCAGCUUCGUCAAGAAAUCAAAAUGCCGACUUUUUGAUCCCCUCCUCAGACGUGGUGGCAAAUGCCCCCGAAGAAGCUUGUCUUCGAAGUAUCUCCCCAAUGAGUUCCCUUGAGGCACCGUUGUUGUUUGACCGAUCUCCAAACAGUCUCUUUGACCUAACAACAUCUUUCGACGAUGCAGUCGAGGCCGGUGGACCUCAAAAACGGACAAAAAGAACUCGAGGUCGGCUUCCACUACGUGCAAAAAGCGGGGGGAAAGUCCAAAAUCGAAGCCCUCUCAAAAAGCUCCGUGGUUGUGGAGGCUGGGUGGUGAGCGUGGAAGCUGAACGACAUCUGUGGGUAUUUUACCAUCCCUGCUUGGGGAUCGUCCUUUCAAUGAUGUAUACCGACUUCGUCCUACAUCAGACAGUCUACACGCGCUACGACAACAUCUAA